AUGGCUCAACAACAGCCCGCAGCCGGCAACGGCGGCGGCUCAAGAAAGAUCUCGUUCAACGUGAGCGAUCAGUAUGACAUUCAGGAUGUUAUUGGGGAGGGUGCUUAUGGUGUUGUUUGCUCAGCGCUUCAUAAACCAUCUGGUCAGAAAGUCGCCAUCAAGAAGAUCACACCCUUCGACCACUCCAUGUUCUGCUUACGAACGCUGCGAGAAAUGAAGUUGCUGCGCUACUUCAACCACGAGAACAUCAUCUCGAUACUCGACAUUCAGAAGCCUCGCAAUUAUGAGACCUUCAAUGAAGUCUAUCUCAUCCAGGAACUCAUGGAAACCGACAUGCACCGCGUCAUCCGCACCCAAGACCUCUCCGACGACCACUGCCAGUACUUCAUCUAUCAAACCCUUCGCGCCCUGAAAGCCAUGCACUCAGCCAACGUCCUCCACCGCGACCUGAAACCCUCAAACCUCCUUCUCAAUGCCAACUGCGAUCUGAAGGUCUGCGACUUCGGUCUGGCCCGCUCCGCCGCAAGCACUGACGACAACUCCGGCUUCAUGACCGAAUACGUCGCUACACGCUGGUAUCGUGCACCGGAGAUCAUGUUGACUUUCAAGGAGUACACCAAAGCUAUCGACGUGUGGAGUGUGGGCUGUAUCUUGGCGGAGAUGCUGAACGGAAAGCCGCUGUUUCCAGGCAAGGACUACCACCACCAACUAACCCUAAUCCUCGACGUCCUCGGCACCCCAACCAUGGAAGACUACUACGGCAUCAAAUCCCGCCGCGCCCGCGAAUACAUCCGCUCCCUACCCUUCAAGAAGAAAAUUCCCCUCAAACUCAUCUUCACAAAGGCCUCUGACGUCGCACUCGAUCUCCUCGAAAAGCUGUUGGCGUUCAAUCCGGUGAAGAGGAUCACGGUGGAGGAGGCGCUGAAGCACCCGUAUUUGGAGCCGUAUCAUGAUCCCGAGGAUGAGCCGACGGCGGAGCAGAUUCCGGAGGAGUUUUUUGACUUUGAUCGGAAUAAGGAGACGUUGGGGAAGGAGGAGUUGAAGGGGUUGAUUUGGAGGGAGAUUAUGCGGUAG